UGCUAUAUAAAGAGCUUAAGAUCAAGGCUGUGCCAGUGUGUAUUCAGGUAGGAGUGUAUUGGAACAUAUUAACCCAGAAGCAUCAUGAAUGGGCCUCAACUUUUUCUCUUUUUCAAUCUUUUGGUUAUCCCAUUUCUUGGAGAAACUGCUGCAGCUGAACCAGAACGCAAUGGAGUUUAUAUUGUAUACAUGGGAGCCACCCGUUCGCCAAAUGGUGCCCCAAGAAAUGAUCAUGCUCAGCUCCUGAGGUCUUUGAUGAACAGGAAGAAGAAUGCUGUCUUACAUACAUACAGUCAUGGUUUCUUGGGGUUUGCUGCUCGUUUAUCAGAUAAAGAAGCAAAAUUAAUAGCCAAAAGACCUGGUGUAGUGUCUGUUUUUCCUGACCCUGUCUUGCAACUUCACACGACCCAUUCUUGGGAUUUCUUGAAGUAUCUCGAUUCCACUCCGAAAGUCCCCACUGACUCGUCGUCGAGUGGAGAAGACACUAUAAUUGGUUUCUUGGAUACAGGAAUUUGGCCUGAAUCUGAGAGUUUCAAUGAUGAGGGAAUCGGUGCAAUCCCAUCACGUUGGAAAGGAACAUGCAUGGAAGGCGAAAAUUUCACAUCCUCCAGUUGCAACCGGAAAAUAAUUGGAGCAAGAUAUUAUGACGAUCCUGAACUUGGGAUCCCCGGCACUCCCAGGGAUAAUGUUGGCCAUGGCAGUCAUGUUGCAUCCACAGCAGCUGGGCGCCCGGUUUCUGGGGCAUCAUAUUACGGCCUAGCUAAAGGGACUGCAAAGGGGGGUUCCCCAGGUUCAAGAAUAGCCAUGUAUCGUGUUUGUCCCAGUAAUUUCUGCAUCGGAUCAGCCAUACUGAAAGGAUUUGAUGAUGCAAUUGCAGAUGGGGUUGAUGUGCUAUCCGUGUCUCUAGGUUUUUCACCUUCCGAGCUAUUUUCCGAUAAUCCCAUUAUCAUUGGGGCAUUUCAUGCAACCGAAAAGGGCAUCAUUGUGGUAUGCUCUGCUGGUAAUAGUGGUCCUUCUUCUGCAACAGUUGAUAAUGCUGCACCUUGGAUUCUAACUGUCGCUGCCACCACCAUUGACCGUGAUUUUCAGUCAGAUGUCGUCUUAGGAGGAAACAAAGUGAUUAAGGGUGGAGCCAUCAAUUUCUCAGAUCUCAAUAAAUCUCCAGUUUAUCCCUUAAUAGAUGGACUUUCAGCAAAAUCAGAAUCCAGCCAACAGGGUGAUGACGACGCAAGGAAUUGCAACCCAGGUUCAUUAGAUGGUGAUAAAGUAAAAGAAAAGAUUGUCCUGUGUGAAAACAAGGUUCGACCUUUUGGAACAACAAUUAAGUAUGAGACGUUGAAGGACCAAGGUGCUAUUGGGAUGGUAUUGAUUGAUGAUGACUUGCGGCAAUUGGAAACAACAUAUACAGAUUUUCCAGUCACUGCUGUCAUUGAAGAGGAUGGAGCUGAAAUACUAUCUUAUAUCAACUCAAGCAGCAACCCAGUCGCAACCAUUCUACCUACUGUCGUUAUACCAAAUUACAAGCCAGCUCCAGUUGUAGCCCUCUUCUCUUCAAGAGGCCCUGUAUUUGGCGUUGGGAACCUUAUCAAACCGGAUAUAACAGCACCAGGACAAAACAUUCUUGCAGCGUGGUCUCCAAACAGCGAUGAACUAACCCUUCCAGGCAGAGAACCAGCGCUGUAUGGCAUAAUCUCAGGCACAUCCAUGUCCUGCCCCCAUGUUUCUGGGCUAGCUGCAGCAGUCAAGUCUCAGCACCCCACAUGGAGCCCUGCUGCUAUUAGAUCAGCCAUCAUGACAACAGCAAUCCAGAGGAACAAUUCAGAUGCCCCUAUCAUUACAGAAACGGGAUCGAUAGCCACGCCUUAUGACAUUGGAGCAGGUGAAAUAAGUCUAACAGGUCCACUUCAGCCGGGGCUCAUCUAUGAGACUGAAACAAUGGAUUACAUCCAAUUUCUCUGCAACAUCGGCUACAACACAAGCGACAUUAAAAUGAUUGCAUCGGAUCUUCCUGUUAACUUUUCUUGCCCUGUUGAGUCAAGCUUAGAUUUAAUCUCCAACAUGAACUAUCCUUCAAUAGCCAUUUCCUUAUUACAAGAAAACGACAUCAAGACAGUGAACAGAACUGUGACUAAUGUUGGUGAAGAUGAAUCAAUCUACACUGCCAUUGUUGAGGCCCCUGAAGGUGUGGAUGUUCAAGUGGUACCAAACACACUGAAGUUCACAAGGGAUAACAAGAAACUAACUUUUCAAGUGACUUUCCAACAGACUACAAAAUCUCAAGAGGACUUGUUUGGAUCGAUUACUUGGUCCAACGAGAAAUACAAAGUUCGGAGUCCGUUUGUUGUGAGUAAUAUUGGACAAGAUAGUCGAUAAAAUAAUCGUCUGACUACCUCUUUAAGGUACCGAAAGGUUGUGAUAUGAAAAUAAAGGAAUCACAUAAUGUAAGCUUAUUAUAUCAUUGUUAAUCUGUUAAAACAGAGAUGCUAAUCUCCCCUUG